AUGGCUGCACCGUCAGCCGUGGCGGCGGCACAGGCAGCGCUGGACUCGCUCGGCAGCACAGCGACGACCACGCUGGUGGUGGACAAUGGCGGUGGGAGCAUCAAGGCAGGACUGGUUGGAGCGGAUGGCACGCCGGUGAUGGUGCCCAACGUGGCGGCCAAGCCGCAUGCUGUCCGCAGGUCAUACGUCGGCGCUGAGGUUGCCGAGGCCACCAAUCGCAAUCGCCUCUACCUCCGCCGCCCCGUCGAUCGCGGCUACGUGACCAACUGGAACUUGGAGACCCGCAUCUGGUCGCAUGUACUCCGCGAUACAGGCGCCGAUCCGAGCGCGUCGACCUUGCUCAUGCUCAUGCCCAUGUUUGCCCCGCCGUCAAUCGCCGUCGAUGCCGUCGAGACGCUGUUCGAGGAUCUCGGCUUUGCCGCCCUCGCCCUCUCCACCCCGCCAGCCAUGGUGGGCCGCGACUAUAUGGCCCGGACUGGCGAGCCCGGAUGCCUUGUUCUCGAUGCCGGCUUCUCGUUCACCCACGCUCUGCCGUUCUUUGGAGGCACACCGGUCACGUCGGCCGUCCGCCGCCUCGAUCUCGGUGGGAAGGCCCUGUCCAACCAUCUUGCGGCGCUGCUGUCGUACCGGACCGUCGACCUCCGCCGCGACCCCAUGCUGGUCACCCACAUCAAGGAGACUUGCUGCACCGUUGCCUCUGACUACUUGAGUGUCGUCAAGGGCCUCUCUGGCGACGGGCCGGCCUCACCCGGCGAGCUCCGCAACUCGCUCACCGCCCGCUACCUCUUGCCCAACUACACGACCGUGAGAGAAGGGCGGAUGCUGGCCGACUCUGAAGACGAUCCGGAAAACAUGCAGGUUCUGCGCUUUGCCCUCGAGCGCCUCUCGGUCCCCGAGCUGCUCUUCCACCCGUCCGAUGCCGGCCUUGACGAGUGCGGCGUCCACGAGCUGAUCGCGGACGCCGUCGCCGCUACCCCGCAGCUCAUGCGUAUCCCGCUCUACAACAACAUCAUCGCCGUCGGCGGCUCGACUCUCUUUCCAGGCUUUCUCCCGCGCCUCGAAGCCGACCUCCGCCCGCUUGUCGAAGCCUCGUAUGACCUUACCCUCCAUCGCCCGCCGCCUCAAGAGUCUGCCAUCGAUCACGCCUGGCACGCCGCCUCACGCUUCGCCGCCUCGCCAGCCUUCAGCGACCACAUCGUCACACAGGCCCAGUUUGCCGAAGAGGGCUUUUCUCGCAUCGAGUCGUUCUUCCUCGAUCUCGCGCUGUAG